AUGUCCUUCCCGCAGCUGGGCUACCCGCAGUACCUGAGCGCCGCGGGGCCCGGCGCCUACGGCGGCGAGCGCCCGGGAGUGCUGGCCGCGGCUGCCGCGGCCGCCGCCGCCGCCUCGUCGGGCCGGCCCGGGGCGGCGGAGCUGGGCGCGGGCGCGGGCGCGGCCGCCGUCACCUCGGUGCUGGGCAUGUACGCGGCGGCCGGCCCGUACGCGGGCGCGCCCAACUACAGCGCCUUCCUGCCCUACGCCGCGGACCUCAGCCUCUUCUCGCAGAUGGGUUCACAGUAUGAGCUCAAGGACAACCCCGGGGUGCACCCCGCCACCUUCGCCGCCCACACGGCGCCGGCCUAUUACCCCUACGGGCAGUUCCAGUACGGGGAUCCCGGGCGGCCCAAGAACGCCACGCGCGAGAGCACCAGCACGCUCAAGGCCUGGCUCAACGAGCACCGCAAGAACCCCUACCCCACCAAGGGCGAGAAGAUCAUGCUGGCCAUCAUCACCAAGAUGACCCUCACGCAGGUCUCCACCUGGUUCGCCAACGCGCGCCGGCGCCUCAAGAAGGAGAACAAGGUGACGUGGGGCGCGCGCAGCAAGGACCAGGAGGACGGCGCUCUCUUCGGAAGCGAUACCGAGGGGGACCCUGAGAAGGUCGAGGACGACGAGGAGAUCGACCUGGAGAGCAUCGACAUCGACAAGAUCGACGAGCACGACGGCGACCAGAGCAACGAGGAUGACGAGGACAAAGCCGAGGCACCGCGCGCGCCCGCCCCGCCCGCCGCCCUCGCCCGGGACCAGGGCUCGCCGCUGGCGGCCGCCGACACGUUCAAGCCCCAAGGCUCCCCCCUGGGCCUGGCCAAGGAGGUCCCGGAGCCCGGCAGCACGCGCCUGCUGAGUCCGGGCGCCGCGGCGGGCGGCCUGCAGGGCGCGCCGCACAGCAAGCCCAAGAUCUGGUCUCUGGCCGAGACGGCCACCAGCCCCGACGGCGCGCCCAAGGCCUCGCCGCCUCCCGCCGGCCAUGCGGGCGCGCACGGGCCCCCCGCGGGCGCGCCGCUUCAACACCCGGCCUUCCUGCCCAGCCACGGACUGUACACCUGCCACAUCGGCAAGUUCUCCAACUGGACCAACGGCGCGUUCCUCACGCAGGGCUCGCUGCUCAAUGUGCGCUCCUUCCUGGGCGUUGGCGCGCCCCACGGCCCGCACCUGUCCGCGCCGCCGCCGCCGCCGCCGCAGCCGCCCGUCACCGUGGCCGCGGGGGUGCUCCACGGCGACAAGGCCUCGUCCCGCAGCAGCCCCUCGCUCCCAGAGAGAGACCUCAUCCCCAGGCCGGACUCGCCGGCACAGCAGUUAAAGUCGCCCUUCCAGCCCGUGCGCGACAACUCGCUGGCCCCGCAGGAGGGGACGCCGAGGAUCCUAGCAGCCCUCCCAUCAGCCUGAUCCAGGGUCUUCUUUUACUUUUGCGGGGG